AAGUUGCUAGACUUUUUGAAAUUCUAAAGAUGUGUUCCGGGCUGUCAGAGAUCAACUUUUCUAGGAUUGCACUGAAUGAUCAAGCUGUUGAACAACUACUGAAGUUUCUGCCCCAUCUUCACAGUCUGAAGCUCUUGAGCAUUGGGAACAACCCAUUUUCACGAAACGGUGUUCUCCUUCUAGCCGAUUCCUUUAACCGGUGUGAACGAAUCUGUGAAGUUAAAGUCAGAUCAGGUGAAAAUGCUUUCUUGCAUUUUGUGGACUGUCAAGAAAGUCGAGAAAUACGCUGCAGGCUGAUAGACUGUGUCAUUGGCCAAGAUGAUAUCAAAGAACUGUCCGUGAUCCUGGAGAAGAGCGACUGUCUCGUAGAACUGGAUCUGUCCAGGAAUUGUCUUGGCAAUGACGGGUUGAGGUGUCUCUUAGAACAUUUGCCCAGGAGCCACACUUUCUGUCUCAUGAAAAUCAGCCACAACGGAAUCUCCCAAGAUGGCGUCCUCUCUCUCGUUAAUGCCUUGGUCACCUACCCAAAUGCCGCUGAAGUUUGUGUUAGCAUGUGCUCUGAGGAAACUCUGAUGAUCACCUUUGUGAGAGAAAAUAAUCCUCAAAAGAUCCUUAGGCUAAAAGAAUGCAGCUUCCAAACAGAAGAGCUGGUGCAGCUGGCAGCCCUGCUAGGAAGGUGCCUGGCCCUAACUGACUUCAUGUCAGUCAAUAAUGGCAUGACACUCAGUGAUGCAGGUGCUCUGAUUAGGACCCCACGGAAACCUACGGGCAUGCUAAGGAUGGGCAUAGAAGAGCCGUGGGUGAAGAAUGAAAGCCUAGUUGGCCUUCUGAAGUUGGCCGCUGAAGUCCAGGGGAACAUUACUGAAAUCACGAUAAGGAGAGACACAUCUCUCUUUGUAGUGGAACAGGAAUUUUCUCAUCCAGUGGAGAAAGUGGAGUCUGUGGCUAGCAGGCUCCAUCAGUGUGAACUAGAAGCCAAAGGCGUGCCCUUCCUGCCAAAGCUUGUUCGGAAAUGCCAUCACCUCCACACGUUAAACUGGUCUGAGGUGCACCUCACAGAUACCGAAGCAGCAACUGUCUUCAAUGCCCUCUUGCAUUUUCCAGCUCUGAAGAGGCUCGAGUUGACAUGUUGCAGGAUAUCUCCCUUUGGAAUUGACUGCUUGACUGGGACACUGAGUCAGUGCCAUACCAUUGAAGACAUCAACAUAUCCAAAAGCAAUGUUGGCACUGAGGGCGUUUGUGCUCUGGUAGAUGCUCUGGAAGGAAAACUCCACUUGAAAAGCAUAAACCUCGGUUUUUUGAAUUUUGAAAAUGGAAGUGCUCUAAAAUUGAUUUCAAGACUCUCCGCACUGCCUCUCCUGAGAAGACUUGUUUUGAACAAUAAUGGUAUUAGUAGUGAAGUCUGCCCCCAUCUUGCAGAAACUUUGAAGAAUGCCAUUCACAUGGAAGAAAUCAAUUUAAGCUACAAUGAGAUUGAGGAUGCUGGAAUAAAAGAAAUAGCCACAGCUGUUCUGGAAAUGAAGAUCUUGAAGCAAAUCGACUUGUCACAUAACGGCAUCAGUCCUGUGGGAGGACAGUGUUUUGUGGAAGCUCUGGCUAGAAGUUAUCAGCUGGAAGAGCUCAGGUUAUCUGAGAAUAAUAUUGGACCUGAGACAGUGGCAAAGCUGGCUGCAAUUCUGCCUUCUAUGCACAGCUUGAAGCUCCUUCACCUGUCAUCCUGCAACAUAGACUCUGAUGGAGUUUCUCAUUUGGCCAAAGCGCUGUCUGAAUGUCCACAAAUACAGAAUCUCAGUUUGUCAGAAAAUUGUAUUGAGUACAAAGGCAUCAAGGCCCUUGCAGAGGGGCUUGGACAGUCUUCACAACUAAGCAAGAUUGAACUGAAGAUGUGUGGAAUCACCGACUCUGCUUCCAAGCCCCUUGCCUCUGGGGUUGGCUGCUGUGCUCUACUAGAAGAGAUUGUCCUUUCCUGGAAUGCACUUGGUGAUGAAAGCGCUCUGGAACUGGCCAAAAUUCUUCCAGGGAUGAGGAGACUGAGAAUACUUGAUCUGGACCAUAACGAAAUCACAGGCUGUGGAGUCAGAAGGCUAGUUGAAGAGCUUCCUUGGUGUCGAAGAAUCCAAUCUGUACGGUUGUGGCAUAAUAAGAUUUCCAAGGAGAUGGAAGGGAAUCUAAGCAAGGAAGAGCCUCGGCUGCAUUUCUCGGCUUAAGAAGAGAGGAAAUGAGGUUGCACUGUUGAAUAAGAGGAAAAGCUACUGCCAAUUACAAAGGAAGACAGGCUAUGAACAAGAAGAAGAAGAAGAGUUUGGAUUUAUAUCCCUCCUUUCUCUCCUGUAAGGAGACUCA